CAUUUUUGGAUUGACCAACAGCGGUCAAGGAGGGAGGUGUUCAGAAUGAAGGUUGGUCUCGGUUGAUGUGUGUACGUGUGUUUGGAACACAAGAAAUAUCGCUGGAAUAGCCUCUUCUCUAAGAAUCAUUUGUUUUCUUCGUAUAUCAGGUGAAAGCAGCCAUGGAGUGACGUGCCACACCGUGCCAACAGACUGAGAGACAUGGCUGCAAGCAGGCUCUGGCACCUCAGUGCCAUUCUGUGGUCGGCCAUGGCCCUGGCAGUUAUGGCGCUGCACUCGGAAGAGGACUUUGCAUUUGAGAUGACACCAUCAGAGGAACAAGAGGUUCUUAGUGGGCCAUCCAGCCAUCCGCACCCCCAUCCAACAUCAUCACCAAUCCAGAGGCUCUGGGGCAUCCCUGACACUGUAGCAUCUGUCGGUAAACUCUUCCAUGUGACCAUCCCUGAAGAUGCCUUCUCAGGAGAUGUAGAUCACUAUGAGGCUCGAGGGCCUGGUGGGGCUCAACUUCCAUCAUGGAUGGUGUUUGAUAAAGUAACAGGCCUCUUUGAAGGUGUUCCCAGCGCACAAGAUGUUGGUGAACACUACGUGACAGUUCGAGCCCUUGGACAGCGGUCUCAUGACUGGGCUAAGGAUGUGUUCUCUAUAGAUGUCUCAGAGAACUGUAGGAGUGAGGUCUCCAAAGGGCCUGUGCCUCUUGCAGGGCAGCACCACAAGAUUAAUUGCAAUGUUGGGGAAGAUGCUACAAUGCUCACUGUAGUAAUGGAUGCCAAAUUUGAACAACUGAAACCAAAACAACGAGUAGUGGCCAUAAAGAAUCUUUCUGGGUUCCUGUCUCUCAACCAUGAUUUGUUCACAUUGCAACCUAUGGAUAAGCAGGAAGAUUUGUUGGGGGAUACAGUUGUACUGGCAGGUCCAGGAAAUGUGAAGAAGAGGACAAGCAGACAUUCUACCUCCAUUCAGUGGCAGGUUGGCUGUGAUGGGCAUCUGUGGAAGCAGCACGUGCAGUUGUUGCAACAGCUGAAGCAGCAAGCCCGUGAUGGUACCUUAUCAGAGGUGCUGCAGCAGCCCAUCGUGGGCUGGCAUGUGAAGACUGAAGCUUCCUCCUCUCACAGGGAACGCAGAGAGGUUGGCUCUGGGGAUUAUGAUGAUGAAAUUGUGGAUGAGGAUGUAGGAGAAGCAGAUGAGGAUGAAGCUGUGGAAAGUGAGACUGAAGCAGUGCCAAGUGUUCAUAUUGUUCCAACGAUGCCCUCGCCUGUGUUCCCUGAACCGACAGCCUCGCAUCCCCACAGGCAUCAUCACGGGGAGGUUGAGGCUGGUCCUGGCAUGAGCAUUGUGCCGGAGGUUGCGUCAAAUGUGGGAUACAGAUUGCCAACAAGUCCAGUUAUCUAUGGGACUAUUUUACCCACCCCAGUGCUAGUGCCUGUUCGUCCUACUCACCUGCUGAGCAGUGAGAUACUGGUGGAGCCCAGUAGAGCAUAUGAUGAGUUUGCGGAGAUUACGCCAUCAGCUACGCCUGUGUUUGUAUCAGAAGCCGAGUCUUCGAUCGCAACAGAAAUGCCCUCCUCACAGAUGACAGAGCCUCUGCCCUCAUCCAGCAGCAGCAGUACCAGUAGCAGUAGUAGUACUGGUAGCAGCACUUCUGAUACUACGGAGACCUCUCCCAUGACAGAGGAGUCCACACCCUCAGCUACGCCUUUCCUCGUAACAGAUGAACAGUCCAGUACAGAGAGCUCUACAAGUGAGCGAUCAUCAGUAUCAAGGACAACUGAAGAAGUGUUGUAUGGCGUGAAGAACAUUCAGCCAACGAUUGAGCAUCGUCUGGCAAAACAGGUUGCUGUGGCAGGCAAAAUCUUUAGCUUUGUAAUCCCAGAAGAUUCAUUCUCUGAUCUGGAGGAUGGCAACACUAGGUAUCUGCGACUAAUAUUUAAAACAGAGGAAGGAAAAUCUGUACCACCAUCAUCCUGGCUCCAAUUUCAUCCAGAGAAGCAGGAAGUUUAUGGCUUGCCUCUUGAAGAGCAUGUGUCAAGGUGGAAGUUCAUCAUAGAGGCAAUGGACAGAGAAGGGAAAUCUGUGUCAGACACUCUGGAACUGACAGUACAGCACCACAAGGGUCGUCGCAACAUGAACCAUGAGUUCACACUUCAGCUGCGCAUUGAGAAGAAAUAUGACUUUGCAUCGUCGGUAGACUGGCAGCUGAAAGUGUUGGAUGGACUGGCAAGGUUGUAUGGAGAUCCGGACACAAGUCAGAUUGUGGUUCGAAGUGUGAUCGAGGAGUCUGGCUCUGUCAACUUCACCUGGACCAACGAAAGUUUGCCUCGCAACACAUGUCCCAAAGAUGAAAUAAACAGACUUUUCAAGGUGUUGGUGCUGAAUGAAAAUGGAGAUCCGUCAACUGCUUUAAACAGUGUCCUUGCUCCAUUUCUGAAACCAAAGAAAGUAACAUACCAGGGCCUUCAUCAGUGUGAGCUGGUGAUAGGAAAGCCUCAGACACCUUCGCUGUAUCCUAAAGUACCUAACGUGAACUACCCUCCCACCAUAAGGAACCCAGUGGACCACAUCAAUGCCACGGUUGGCAGACUGCUUGUGUUCAAAGUGCCAGAGGAUACAUUUUAUGAUCCUGAAGAUGGCAGUACCCGUAACCUGAAACUUUUGCUCCUGACAAUGGACAGAUCACAGGUACUAGCAACAAACUGGUUACAGUUUGACAUCAAAAAUCAGGAGUUCUUUGGCACUCCAAUGAAGGAAGAUGAAGGCCGUAAGGAAUAUCAACUGGUAUGUGAAGACAGUGGCGGUCUUACAGCAAAUGAUGGUCUGGUUGUAGUUGUUCACUCUGCACCUAAAGUUCAGUACAAUGUUGAGUUUGCCAUGACACUGGCUAUGCCAUUUGAGACAUUUUUCAGCAGUUCAUCUAUGAAGCGGAAAUUCAUGGAAAAGCUCCAAAUUCUGUUUGGAGACCCAAAUACUAGUGCCAUCUCUCUGAGCUCUGUGACUGAAGGCUCAACUGUUGUGGCUUGGCACAACCGUACAGUGCCCACUGACCAUUGCCCAGAAGUUGAGAUCAGCCAUUUAAGGAAGUUACUGAUAAAUGAAGACCAUACUAUCACAGAGCGUGUGGGAGCAAUCAUGGAACCAGAAUUUAAUGUGAAGGCAAUCACAGUUACUCCAAUUGGGAAAUGCCAGGGAGAACUGACAGUAUGGCAUUAUCCAGAUGGCACCAACCUGCCAGGUGAAGACACUCAGCCUAUAGGAACCUCAGAUGAAUACCUGGUGACUUUCGUUGUGCCAGCAGUGAUCAUUGCUGCCAUGUUGAUUUUGGCUGGCAUCGUGGCCUGCGUUCUCUAUCGGCGUCGGCGAACCGGCAAGAUGAAUGUAGGUGAUGAGGAUGAGAGACAGAGCUUCCGCAACAAGGGGAUUCCUGUCAUCUUCAUCAUCAUGAAGGAGGAAAAACCACCCUUGCCACCACCUGAAUAUCAGCGUGGUGAGCCAGAGCACCCUGCCUCACCCCUCAUGGCUGCACAUCCCCUUCUUGGUGAAAAUGCUGCCUCUGAGGAUCCCCCAUACCAACCUCCACCACCUUUCACUAGCAGCCGCGAUUCAGGCAGGCAGAACCGCCCCAAACCAACCCCCACAUACCGAAAACCACCACCAUAUGUGCCUCCGUAACACGGAUUGUUUUACCACAUGAAAGAUGAUGUGCACAUACGUUUCUUUACUCAACUUGAACGAAGAUGAAAUGACGAUCGAUCACCUGGUGCCUUCCAUGUACCACAGCUUGGCUCCGAUACAGUGUACCCUGACAAUACACAGCCUGUCGCAAUAACUGACACUGCUCACUUUGUGAUGAGACACUGAGUGGUUUUUUGUUCUGUCAUUAGUCUGAUGUAAAUGUUUAUGUGUAAAAGUGAUACUACCAAGGGAGAACUUUUUCAUGUGGAAGUGAUAGUUUGCAGUUUUCGGCCGAGCCUGCUCAGCAAAGCCUCUAUCCUGCUGUACUGUUGAUUUUCUAAUACAUCAUAGUCAUUUUGCUUCAAAAAGUGCUGUUAUUAUUUUGAUGUCCAUUAAGAAUGUUGCAAUGCCCACGUCAUCUUGGCAGCUCUCUGUGAUGUCAUGGGAGGAAUCUGCAUGCUUUUUGCUGGAAACAUUGCAACUGCCUAUAUGCUCUUUUCUCACUACAUACUUUCUGUUGUUAUGUCACUACCAUCACACCAUGUUUAAAUGAAUAUUUCUUUUCUGCAUUUUGUGUUAAAAUUCAAUUUUUUAAGUUACCAGGAAGUGACAUUACACAGGAAUAAUUUUAAUUAGGAAAUUUUUACUGUUAUCUCCAUGUUGUGUGUGUGUUUGGGUACAAGAUGUGCAAGUAGAUUGACUGACUGGAUUAAUAAAUGCACCAUAUCAGCUGCCAGUGUUUGUCAGCAUGUAAACAAUUAGGAGAUUCCAUGUGAUGCAUCAUAAUACUUGUAUGUAUUUAUAGGUUUGUAACUAAGAGAGAGAACUGUGUAUCAUAGGGUAUUUUCAGAUGUAGCAAUGGCUUGGGACAGUCCAAAGGUUGUGUUAUGAUGCUAUGAUUUCAUAAGACAUCUGUUACAUUUUGUUUAUAUGAUAUAUCUAUUGUUUCAGGCACUAGUUGUAAUAAGGCCAGUUUAUUUUUCUCGAAGGCAGUGACUAAAUGGUACCUCAUUAAUCAAGUGUAGUGACUCUGAAGGGCAGCUGUCACCUGUUUUCAUGAAUAGAAUGAAACCUUGGACAUAACCAUAUCUAAUCUUCUCUCAAUCUUGGGAUUUUGUUAUUUGCUUGUGAAUACAUUUAUUGUGAAGACGUUUUCUCUACGUUUGUUGAUUUUUAAAUUCCUUAUAUGUAGAUCAUAGCUGUAUUCAAAACUGAAUAUGAAUGUGGAAAAAAAAUUUCUUUAAUACCCUUGAUCUACUUCUGAAUAUAUUAAAGUUGUAUUUUGAAGGUUCUGUGUUCAAACUAAGUCACUGCCAUAAGAAAGAAGGUAUUUUAAAAGUUUUUAGUAGAAAGACAACCUGUGGCCUGGAAGUAUGAACAGAUUCAUGUUUCAAAACUUUCAUGAGUAUCAAAUUAACCACGGUAUUCUAAAUAAUUUAUCAUAUUGCAAUCAGUGGUUUAGGAAGCUGUCCAAAGGCGUUGCUUUGUGACUACUUUAGUCCAUAUGUCAGUAAACUCAAAUGUGUAGGCAGUCUUCAGCAAAGCAUACAAGUUGUGUGUCUUCGUGUGUUAUUACUGCAUCUCAUAUACUAGGUACAGACAGACAGACAGACAAUAUAAUGGACUUUUGUAUUUAAUUUUUACUGUCACAUAGAUCUGAUUAUGGACGUGUAAGGUGUAAAGGAAAUAAACUGGUGAACUCUUUUAAACUAA